AGCGGACUUACCUAUUGUUGUAAAAAUAAACGGAUAGUAUGACGGAAUAUUCAGUCAAUGGUAAUAUUGGUAUAAUAAAAAUUUGCAAUGGAAAAUUGAACCCACUAAGCAGAGCAGUGAGAACGGGAAUAAUGACCUGUUUACGGAAUGCCUUGGAUGACAACUCAGUUGAAGCUGUAGUUCUAUGUGGAAACAAGAAGAAUUUCUCGGUCGGUGCUGACAUUUCCGAGUUCGUAGGUGAUUUGAUUAAAACAAAUUUUGGUUUGGACUGUGACGAGAUUGAGGCCAGUAGAAAACCAGUCGUGGCUGCGAUUCAUGGUUACGCCCUUGGUGGAGGUUUUGAGAUGGCGUUAUCGUGUCAUUAUAGGGUCGCCAGUUCGGAUGCUAUUGUGGGUUUCCCGGAAGUAAAGUUAGGAAUACUUCCGGGUGCAGGUGGCACACAGAGAUUUCCUCGAAUUGCGGGACUCGAUGCUGCAAUGCAAUGGAUCACUACAGGAAAACAGUACUCAGCCAAUGCUGCAGCGAAACUUGACGUUUUUGACCGAAUUAUUCCGAAAGGGACCGAUGUUAUCAAAGAGUCGAUCGCAUUUGCUCGAAUUGUGGCGACUAAGUCUCUAUUAGAAAAAAGAUCAGCUGAUAGAAGAGUCAAGGAUGCCGACCGUGUGGAUGAAAUUGUAGCCAAAUAUACGCAAAUUGUGCAUAAGAAGUCUCGUGGUCAAUACGCACCGGUUUAUUGCAUAGAAGCUGUAAGAUACGCUGCGCAAAGCACCUUGGCUGGAGGAUUGAAAAAGGAAUCUGAAAUUUUAUCGAUGCUGGGAAAAUCUGGCCAAGCGAUUGCUCUAAGAUAUGCAUUCUUUGCGGAAAAACAAGUGCAAAAAUGGAGCGUUCCUGGAAGUGAUAUAUCAUGGCACAACUCCAAACCUAUGCCUGUAAAGCUCGGCGCUGUUAUUGGUCUAGAUACAAUGGGGCGAGGAAUUGUCAUAAAUUUCCUUCGUGCCGGGAUUCCAGUUAUAGUUACAGAGAUGAACGAGAAGUUUCUCAGAGAGGGUAUGAAGUCAGUACACGCUCUCAUUGACGACAUGGAACGCCAUCAAACGAUCACACAGGUGCAAAAUGAUAUGAUGAAGAAGGGCGUGACUGGUACUUUGAAUUAUAACGAUUUAAAAAAUGUCGAUCUAGUCAUUGAAGCUGUUUUUGAAGAGAUUUCGCUCAAAGAGAAAAUUUUCAGAGCGCUAGAUUAUGCUUGCAAGCCUUCUGCGAUACUGGCCUCGAAUACAAGCUCUCUGGAUAUUAACAAAAUUGCUUCUUUUACCAGGAGGCCCAAAAAGGUGAUGGGAAUGCACUUCUUUGCUCCGGCUAAUUUGAUGCGCCUCUUGGAGAAUGUCAUGGGAUCCCAAACUUCCAGUGAGACGAUCGCAACUUGUAUGGACAUGGGAAAGCGAAUGGGUAAAGUCACCGUACUUGUCGGAAAUUGCUACGGCUUCGUUGCCAACAGAAUGUACUUUAACUACAAAGCUGAGUCAGGAUAUCUAAUCGAAGAAGGCUUGUCGCCAGUGGAAGUUGACAAAGCAGUGACAGAUUACGGAUUCGCAAUGGGGGCAUUUGUUGUUGAUGACCUUUCAGGCCUCGAUCUUGGCUAUCGGAUGCGUACUGCGUUCGGAUUGACGCCAAAACAACAAUUUCCUGGAACCAAAGAGAACGUUCGAAGUGGAUUUAGAUACUGCCCGUUGGCUGAUUAUCUUGUAGAAGUCGGACGGUACGAUCUUAAGACGAAGAAAGAAUGGUACGAUUACCCUAACGGCAGAAUUCCUGUUGAGUCCGGCGAAGUGUCGAAAAUUAUAAGCGAUUACAGGAGUCGUAUUGGAGCUACUUCAUGUAAAAUUGAUCAUGAAGAAGUGAUCGAAAGAUUAGUAUUCGCUCUUGUCAACGAAGGUUUCAAAGUUCUUGAUGAUGGAAUCGCAGCGUCUCCUAUGGAUAUAGAUAUGAUCUGGAUACAUGGAUUAGCUUUCCCAAUUCACACCGGUGGUCCUAUGCACUACGCUAGCAGAAUUGGUCUCCCAAAAGUUCUGGCGCGUAUAAAGAUCUAUUAUGAAAGGUUUGGGGAUGUGGUGCCACAGUGGACACCUAGUCCAAUGCUAGAAUGCAUCGUGGAGAAACGCGGGAAUCUAGAUAUCAGCCAAUGGACGAAGUACUCUAGCGCCACCAAGAUUAAAAGUAAUCUGUGAUAUCACUAUGACAACAUACUCUUUAAAAGACCAGAAGUCAAAUUAAUUUUAGGUUUUUUAUAUCGAGUGUAAUUCGUCUAUCUCUCCCCACAAUUUGUACUUCUUGAAAUCGAAUAUUGUGCCAUAUUCACAGUUUGGGAACCACUGGUAUAUUUGAUAAUCAGGUCAUUUGUAUGUGUGUGCUCUUUUAUCUCUUGUUUUUUUUAUACAACGCUUCUCGCUCCAGAUAAGGCAAUGCACAAGUAGGAACUGUUACGCAGAGAGCUCCUCAUUUUAGAAGAGUUGAUAUUUUUUUCCGUUCGUUCCUGGCGGGCAAGGGGUAUAUGCAAGGGCUUACUCUUUUUUUUUGAAAUGUAGAAGACAAAAUUGUUUGCGUUAU